GGCGCACCCAGCGGGCUGUGGGUAGAUUUCAGGUUUCGAUGUAGAUGUAACAUCGCUCAGCUUCCUCUUAUCUUUAUUUUUUUAAUAUAAAAAAAAAUAAGAAGAGCCGCGAGUUUAGUUUGAUCGGUGAUCAUCUUUGUCAUGGAGAUGAGGAUUUUUACCUUGGCCGUGCUUUGUGCGGUGUGGUCAUCUACUGCAGCCAUCAAUGUAGAGAUCCCUAAAGCAGCAUAUGAGUUUGCCCGAGGAGACAACGUCACACUUCCUUGCACAUUUCAAAGUGCUCUACCCAAAAUAGACCUGGCCGUAAUUUCUUGGUCUGCUGACGGUCCAAAAACUAAUGCAGAUAACGUGAUACUUACCCACUAUCAUCCCCAAGGAAUCACAGACAUCAAGAAAAAAUAUGAUGGACGGGUGGCUGUAGAUGUUAAAGUUAAUGGCGCUUCUGUUAAAGCUGACCUUAAGCUUUCCUCCAUCACACUAGACGACAACAAGGAAUUUGAAUGUGAAGUUCAGAUCCCCUCAGAUGAUGAGGGAAAAUUGAUUGAUGCAACACGUUUGAUUGUUCUAGUGGCUCCAUCUCCUCCCAUCUGCAAGAUAGAAGGUAAAGCAGAAUACGGCCAAAACAUCAACAUCACCUGUAAGUCUGAGGAAGGGUCUCCUGCUCCCACUUACAAGUGGCAGAGUCGUGAUGUGAGGAACGCGCUUCGUGCUCCAUGGCCAAGAACCACUGACAAGGGAGGGAUCCUGUCCCUAUAUAACAUCUCCAAAGAAACCUCUGGAUUCUACGUCUGCACAUCGAGCAACAAAAUUCGUUCUGCUACCUGCAACAUAACGCUCACAGUCAUGCCACCAUCCAUGAAUGUUGGUCCAGUUGCACGGAUCAUUACAGGAGUUGUUUUGGCUUUGAUCUUAUUCAUCGUUAUUAUCGAAUACUGUUGCUGCCAAAAGAAGGACAAGGACAAUGAAGAAUAUACUAUGGCACCGUAUGGAGACAAGGAGGUUGUUGAAAACGGUGGGGGUCGCAGCAUUGAUGGAAAGGGGAGCCCACGAGACUCCAGAGUCAGCAAACCAGUUGAACGACAAGAUGACUAUGAGGAGAGGAGUGAGCGCAACUAUGAUCGCCACAGCGACUAUGACGACCACCGCCGCAGCGACUACAACGACCGCCGCAGCGACUACGACGACCACAGAAGCGACUAUGAUGACUGCCGCAGCGACAACAACGACCACCGCAGCGACUACGACGACCACAGAAGCGACUAUGAUGACCGCAGAAGCGACUAUGAUGACCGCCAUAGCAACUACGACGAUCGACACAGCAAGCACAGUGACCGCUAUGAGCGCUACGAUGAUGACCGCCGCUUUUAGGAGCGGCAUUACAAU